GCGGUUAAAUGAUAGCGAAUCUGUCAACCAGCCACAGUGUGUUCAUGCAAAACGUUUGUAAAUUUGUUAAUUUUGUAAUUUCAUUUAUUUUGACGAAAAUACGCCAGCAAAAUUAUGGCUGCUGGCCCAAUUGCUGAAAGAAAUCAAGAUGCUACCAUCUAUGUUGGCGGCUUGGACGACAAAGUCACUGAAACACUACUCUGGGAACUUUUUGUACAAGCCGGUCCGGUUGUAAACGUCCAUAUGCCCAAAGAUCGUGUUACCCAAAUGCAUCAGGGUUACGGUUUCGUAGAGUUCCUUAGCGAAGACGACGCCGAUUAUGGCAUCAAAAUCAUGAACAUGAUAAAGCUCUAUGGCAAACCGAUUCGUGUGAACAAAGCAUCUGCCCAUCAAAAGAACCUCGAUGUUGGCGCCAACAUCUUCAUUGGCAAUCUCGAUCCGGAAGUUGACGAGAAACUUCUGUACGAUACGUUCUCUGCAUUCGGAGUCAUUCUGCAAACACCAAAGAUCAUGAGAGAUCCCGAAACAGGUAACUCUAAAGGUUUCGCAUUUAUUAACUUUGCCAGUUUCGAAGCAUCCGACACGGCUAUGGACGCUAUGAAUGGACAAUAUCUCUGCAAUAGACCUAUCUCGGUUUCAUAUGCAUUCAAAAAGGAUUCCAAAGGUGAACGGCAUGGGUCGGCAGCCGAACGUCUGUUGGCAGCCCAGAAUCCACUUUCGCAUGCUGAUCGUCCGCAUCAACUGUUCGCCGAUGCUCCAGUUCCUCAGAUGAUGCCGGUGAUGCCAGGGCAAAUGAUGCCACCGCCGAUGAUUGCACCACCACCUCCUCCAACACCGGGCGGUAUGAUGCCACCACCUCCACCGGUGCCACCCCCGCAAUCGUCGUCAUUCCCUUCAUCGGUUCCGCCACCACCGCUGCCGCCAAUGCCGGCCAAUCAACCGCCAUUACCUCCGCCGGUGGGUAUUCCACCACCGCCACGCAUGAUUCCACCACCACCAUGGCAGGGGGGACAGGCACCAGCACCUCCACCACCAAGCUUUCCGAAUGGAAUGCCUGGUGCGCCGCCUUCGGGCGCUCCAAGACCACCACCACCCAAUUGGCGGCCGCCCCCGCCCUCAGGCUUCCAGAGACCACCAUUCCCGCCAAGACCGCCACCAUUCAAUGGGGAAGCAGCAGCUUUUCAGUUUUAGUUAAGCUAAUUUUAUUACUCUAGAAAAUAAACCAAUAUCUGACCUUUGAAAUAAAACAAACUUUUUUUUGAAGAAACAAUGAA